UGCACUUCACUAACACAACAAAGCAAGUCAAGUCAAGUAAACUUUAGCAAAACACAAUUAAUCAAUACACCAUAAUGGCUCGUGAGAUGUUAGGGGUGGCAAUAGUUAUAGGGCUCCUACUAGCAAUGGUGCCCAACACCAUGCAACUCCCCUUACACCGCCCCGACAUUGAUGGUCCGUUUAUCGGGCUCAUCUUAUCCGGCUCUUCCUAUGAGAAGCUCCUUUUGGAUUCAGGCUUGUACGUCCCUGAACCCGAAACUUCUUUAAUUCAAAUAGCCGGAAGAACAUUCAACAUUGGUACCUUCAACGGUGUUCCUACCAUCUAUGUUGUCUCUACUAGUCCACUAGCUCAUGUAAGUGCAACAGUACAAAUCCUGGUCGAUCAUUUCCAUAUCUUGGGGAUCAUCGAUUUAGGAAACGCGGCCGUUGUUAGUCCUUCAGUGAAACUUGCUGAUGUUGCUGUGCUAGAUAAAACAUCCUUUAUUAGUGCUUGGACCUGGAAGGAAUAUGAAGGUGGAAUAGAAACUUCCAAUGAGCUACCAUCACUAAGAUUUGGAGACUAUAAUGUUCCAGAAGCAGGAGAUAAUAAGUUGGGAAGUUUACAAUUCCUAAAGAUAAAAAAAUACACACCUAAAGGUUCAAACAAGGAAACCUUUUGGUAUUACAUUGAUCCUGAAUGGCUUGAAAUGGCUUCUCAACUCAAGGAUAUAAAUUUAGAGAGCUGCACUGAAGAGAGGUUGUGCACCAAGGAUGUACCUAGUGUUGUGUAUCGUGUUAAAGGCGCAUCGUCCGAUGCGUAUGUGUUGAACCAUGCUUACGGGAAAUUCCUCAACAAGCACCUCAACGUCUCAACCGUUGACAGAAAAAGUGCCGCCGUAGUUUCGACUGCCGUUGCAAAUGGAGUGAAACAUAUCGUGUUUCGUGGUGCCUCGAACAAGCCAGGAAUGCCGUAUGACAAAAAACUUAGUGCUUUGGCAACAAAAAAUUCGUUCAAAGUGGCUUCUAAGUUUGUUGAAUUACUGGCUAAUCAGCUACCUUUGAUUAAGUACAAGUACUAGUGAAGUGUACUGUUUUGAGUGUUCUUGCUAGCUGUUUAGCCAAGUAUGGACUAUGUAGUAAGUGCUUUAAUAAUAAGGGUCAAGAGGAAGAAAAUUCUAGGUUAUGGUGUUUAGAACUUUGACCUACCAAAGCAUUGUACUCCGUAAUUAGCUUUGUAUGAUACUGAGUGAAGUCUAUGCAACUAUGCAAGUUAUUGGCCCCUCUAUUA